AGCCGCUCCAACCAAGAAUCAGGCUAUGGCCACAAGUACAGAUGCGCUAGAGAGACAGGCACUGGACUUAUCAGGGCCUUCCGCGCCGUCCGAGCCCCACCCAGAGGAUGGCAAGAGCGAGACGGACGACGAUGACAUCUUGACCAUCGAUCGCGACCAUGUUGAAGACGGACGGCCUAUCGUCAGCACAGGCGAUAGAAAGUGGCUUCAGAACGGCGCUACGCACACUGGACCCAAGGGCGUGCUUGUAGAUGAGCGGACUAGCCGGCAGAGUCCCACACUGGUGUCCAAUGAGACAUUAUCAGACGAACAAGCGAUUGCAGAAUAUAGACGGCAACGACUUGGCGAGCUACAGAACAUUGGUGCUACCGACUCACAGAGCUUGUUGACGGGUACACAUAACUCACCUGCGCAAGUGAAGGAAGUUGGACUGCUCACCUUUGAAGAGACGGUCAUCAAUGAACGGCCAUCGACAAGUGUCAUCCUCUGCCUCUACGAACCGCAUCUGGACAAUUGCGCGAUCUUCCUCGAUCUCUUCAGCAAGCUCGCACAAUGUUAUCCAGCAUCUAAGUAUACUUUUACAAGGGCGAUAGCCUCAGAGCUCGAUUUCGCGCAAUCGAGCGGAUCGGAUGUCCUACCGACCGUGCUGGUCUAUCAAGCCGGCGAGCUGACAAAGAGCAUCAUUGCGAUAGAGCUAGAGUGGCGACCGAAGCAGACAACAUUGCAAGUCGUUGAAGACACGCUCAUAAGGCAUGGUGUCCUAGACAAAAGCUUGGCUCUACCGGACCGGUGAGUUUGUAUGUACACGUCUUGUCACACUGUACAGGCCUUUGUUGUGCGGUGUAGUGUAUGAUCGAUUGCAGACUUGCAGCCAGUACAA